CAAUCUGGGCGAUGUGAGCUUAUGACACAAACAUGAAAUGUGAAGCGAUACAUGAUACAUGAAAUGCCACUGCAUGGUGCGGCAAAUCGCAGAGCGUGCACGACGGGAUAACCACUAGACGACUACAUCACUCUGCUAUCGUAAAUACAAGCCUGUGGUGCGCUCCAUAUCAAGCGCCAUCAUGAUUAUGAAGUAUGUCGAUUAUAAUGGGCGAGGAGCAGCUCAGCUGCUAAACGUGCCGCGGCUAAAUGAAGACAUUGUCCACUUGAUUUGUCAAGAUAUUGUCCUCAAAGAACGACCAAAGACUUGGCUGAGUGUCUCACGGGUCUGCAAGACCUGGCACGCCGCAGUCACUCCUCUACUAUACCGAAGAAUCGAUUUUGCAGCGAUCAAGAAUGAAGGAUCUUUUCACUACUUCAUGCGCACAAUCGCAGAGCAGCCACGGCGAGCUCAACAUGUGCUUGCAUUGAACUUUUCGCGGACACGGAUCCUAACCCCGCGCCCUGGCCAAGAGUCUCUCGAGGAACCAGUUUCGUGGGAUCUUGCUCUGAACGAAGUCAAUUCAUCGGCAGAGCUCCGACAACAAUUGGAGCAAAAUCUUAUGCGAAGAGGAGCUGCUGCCGACGCCGCCAAGAUAGCACUGUUAUUGCUGCUAUGCAUCAACUUGAGUCGCAUCGGUCUCACCGACGACCACCUGGUGAUCCCGCACUCGCCACUUUUCAAGGUGUUAGAGAUCGCCAAAUUGGGCUCUCCAUUGGUUCUAACAAAGCUUGUCUCGCUUGACUUGGAAGGGUCGGGACUCGUGCACGUAGAAAAGUUGGUACCGUUCUUUCAAUUACCGAACAUCAAACGCCUUGCCCUGUUCAAUAUUGCGGACGCAUCUACCAAGCUUCUGGGCGUCGCGUCCAGCCCAAUGAGCACUGUUCGCCGGUUUCAUUACAGUCCGAUGGCUGAAGAGCACCCAACGGCAUGGUACAACAACUAUCAACACAGACCGCUGCGCUCAGAGGUUCUGAAAGACAUCUUCAAAUAUCUGCCUUGUGUAGAGCACCUGAGUUUUUCACUUGAUUACCGUCAGGGUUUCUGGACAGACUUACUGAACGCUUUCCGCAAGCAUCGUCCGCCGCUGAAAAAUCUUGGAAUCGAUAUGAUAGGUCGAGGAGAGCUUGUCGGGAUCCCUAAUUUGCAAGACAUGCACUCACUCUUGGCGCUGCGCAUAAACUAUUACUGCUUGUUCGAUGGUAGCCCUGGCUAUAAUCCCGGUAUUCAAUCGGGACCGUUGUCGAGACGACAUCUCAGCGAGAUAUUGCCGUUGGAUCUCGAGUACCUGCACUGUGAUUCUGGUUCUAGUAUCACAAGGGGACAAGGCGGAACCACACCACAGACGACCAGGAGGCAUACUGAUCAGAUAUUACAGUUUCUCUCCGACCCGGAAUUCACGCGUCUACGAAGUGUUGUUGUUGAGAACCACCACUUUGGGGUCACAAACAAAGAACGACACCUGGUCCCGAAGAACAUAAAGGAGUGGGCCAAGAAUCAACCGUGGCACGUAUGGACUUGGCAGCACGGCAACAAUAGAUGGUAUCUCUGUUUCGAGAAGCAAUCUGUCUCCCGAGAGGACUUCUUUCAAGAAGGACGCAUGCCAUCAGGACCGUUCAUCUAUCCUUGAAAGCUUGCGUCGCAGAGGAAGUUUGCCCGCGUUGCAUACGUCGCUGAUGAUGCGCGAACAUCGCCAUUCGCGAUUAUUGUAUAAGCAAGCCCAUGAGU